AUGGCGAAAAUAAACCGGAGUGAGAGGAUACAAUUUCCAGACAACGAUGACGAUGAAGAACUUGACCCUCUCAGCCACAAUUUUUGUCGCGCAUGUAUUGAUACUUCUAGCUUUGAAAUAUUGAAGACCGCUGGAUCUUCAUUAAAGAAAUUUGACAAUGGAAAAGCAUCGUUUCAAUCUCUUUAUUUCUCUUAUUCAAUCUUUAUGUUAGAAUGCCCACCAGAUAAAAUUGAAUUAGGUCGAGCCUCCUGGACGCUACUUCAUAGCAUCGCUGCAUAUUACCCCGUCGCCCCUACUCUCCAUCAGAAGAAAACCAUAUCAAGUUUCAUUAAAUCAUUUUCGGAACUAUACCCAUGCCGUCAUUGUGCUGCCAACUUUAGACAAGCCAUUGUACACUCACCUCCUGUUCUCGAUUCACGCGAUUCCUUAAGCAAUUGGCUGUGUUACCAGCAUAAUUUAGUGAACAAAAAUAUUGGAAAGCCUCUCUUCGACUGUUCUAAAGUUAAUGAGAGAUGGCGAACAGGCUGGAGCGAUGGAUCUUGCGACAUAGAAUAA